AUGCCGUGGCCAUUGCUAAAAUGGAUCAUGUAUACUUCUUCGUCGUCUUCGUCUUCCUCUGAAGAUUUCAGUGACGCCGAAGAUGAAGGGAUAAGUAAGAAGGGCAAUGAUCAUCGUCGUGAUCCCAACAAACAAGGAGAACAAAAUCACGAUGACCACUCCGAUGAAGAUGACUUUUCCUACGAACCCCAGGAAGACGAGACCUCCAACUCCUCCGACUAUACUUUCACAAUCAACGAACCGCGCAGAAAACGACGUCGCAUUGACAACAAGGAAGCCUCAACAAUUGUGAGUUUUAAACGCCGUAAGAGGAUUUGGAGCAAGGAGGACGAGCUAGAGCUCUUGAAGAAUUUCCUUGACUACAGAACCAGACCGAGGACGGCUAACGAAACCACGUCGUUUUACGACGAGGUUAACCCCAAGUUCAAGGACCAAUUCAGCAAGCGAAAGCUGGCCGAGAAGCUUGCAAGGUUGAAGAAGAAGCACCGCAACGUAGUAAACAAAAUGGUGAACAAUAAUGGGCAAGAGUUUCGCUUCAGAAACCCACACGACAGAGCCAUUUUCGAUAUUUCACAUAGGAUUUGGGCAGAAUCCCCUCUUUACAAUGUUCAGGAGAAGAACGUUGUGGUGGAUUCACACGAUGUGGGGAGUAGCAAAGCGUCGUUCGAUGAGAAGCAUAACAAUGGGGAUGAUGAGGGUAACACUGACGUGCGAGAAAUGAUAAUCGGGUUGGCGAGGAAUCCGAUACCGUUGAGUUUGAGUAACUAUGGAGGCCGUGGAGGAGAAGUGGUGGAUGAGAAGUGGAGGGAGCAGCAGAUACUGGAGUUGGAAGCGUACUCGAAGAGGUUGGAGUUGGUUCAACAUCAGGUUAAGGCAGCUUUGGAUGACUUGCGUUCCAAGUAA